CGUAUUUCAUGUUUGCCGGCAAUUUCUACGAACAGCAAGAAGGGGCAGCCAUGGGCAGCCCUGUUUCCGCGGUGAUCGCUAACCUGUUCAUGGAAGCUUUUGAGGAACGUGCGCUGAGUAGUUGCCCGCCCGACUGCGCCCCUAGAGUUUGGAAACGAUACGUAGAUGACACGUUUAUCAUCACGCAUAGAUCCGCCGCCGAUGACCUUUUGAGCCACAUGAAUUCGCAGCAGCCCUCCAUCCGUUUUACCAUGGAGAUGGAGUGCAACGAGCGCAUUGCCUUUCUAGACACUUUGGUGCACCGUGACACCAGCGGCCGACUGUACACCACCGUAUACAGGAAGCCCACACACACCGAUCAGUACAUUGCCUAUGAUUCGCAUCACCCGAAGUCCGUUAAGCGCGGGGUAGUGAAAUGUCUUUACGACAGAGCUUCACGCAUCGUUACUAAGCCCCAUUGCACAGCUACAGAGAAGCAACACAUCACCUCGGCUCUUAUUUCUAACGGUUACCCGCGCUCUUUCGUUAACCGCGUCGCUAAGAAGAAGAGCGCCCCGUCCGAACAGCUUGCGCAAUUUAAAUCCGCUAUAGUAAUCCCGUUUGUUGAUGGUAUCGCGCAUCUUCUCCGCCGGCGCUUGGAGAGGCAUGGCAUCCGAGUUAUAUUUAAGUCCGAUAGCAUCCGCAGCCAGCUGGUCCGUCCGAAAGACCGCCCGAUCCCCGACAGACGCGAUGGGGUUGUUUAUAAGAUCCCUUGCUCGACCUGCGACAAAGUCUACAUCGGUGAGACUGGUAGACCUGUGGGGGAACGCAUGAAGGAACAUCGCCGUGAUGUUCGGCUUAGGCGCACCGAUAGCUCUGCUGUUGCAGAACAUGCUUGGGACUCCGAUCAUCUACCUAACUGGGAUGAGGUCAGCUGCAUCGCUAAUGAUAAGCAUUGGUAUACGCGGCGCAUUAAGGAAGCGAUCCAGAUCCGUUUGCAUCCGAGCAAUAUCAACAGGGACAGCGGCAUUGAGAUCCCUGAUGAAUGGUUACCUACCAUCCGACGGCAUACUGCAUCCACAGUUCACAGCGCGCGGCGCCCGCACCAGCGGGUGCCUGACACCAGCGCGGACGCUGAUUGGCCGGCUGCAUCGGCCAAUCACAGCGCGGACCCUGAUUGGCCAGCGGCUCCGGCCAAUCACAGCGCGGCUCACGCCCGAGUGGAGCCAGACAAUAGCUCCCGACGCUAUAUAACCCGUGCGCAGCAGCGUCUUUGCUCAUUGCCUGACGAAGUCUAGCAGCUUGCAGACGAAACGUCGCUUUCCUACUACGUUUGCUACAUCGUGAGACAACU